AUGGUUCUUGGCAGAUUGAUGCACUACGCAGGCGACGCUCUGUUGAUCUCCACAGUGUUGGCAGGAAUCAAGCGACAGACGGGGUUGCGACCUGAUAUCGAUCGUAUCUCGGAACCUACGACGAAGGGUCUGUUGGAGAAGUACCUUGGCUUUGGAGAGUUCGUCUUCGAUAGCAGUGUUGCUGCUGCUACGGCUUCCUCGUUGUUCCAGAAGGAUAUGCUGGACAGGCUGCAGGGUCCAGGCGCGUCCAGGUAA